UCCUGGAGUGCGGCACGGACAUGGCAUCCCGAAGCGUCCAGCUCUCGGCCGUGCUCCUAACCCUGGGGCUGUGUGUCCUGGUGGGGGCCCAAAAGCCUUCCCCCUGCCAGUGCUCGCGGAUCGCAGCACACAACAGGACAAACUGUGGCUUCCCGGGCAUCACCCCCGACACGUGCUUCGGAAGAGGCUGCUGCUUCGACUCCAAAAUCCGCAACAUCCCCUGGUGUUUCCGCCCCCUCCCAAAGCAAGAGUUGGAGGAGUGUGUCAUGGAUGUGUCGGUGCGCAAGAACUGUGGGUACCCAGGCAUCAGCCCCCAGGAGUGUGCGGCUCGCAAGUGCUGCUUUUCCGACACGAUCGUCAACGUGCCCUGGUGCUUCUUCCCAAUCUCUGUGGAAGAGUUGGAGGAGUGUGUCAUGGAUGUGUCGGUGCGCAAGAACUGUGGGUACCCAGGCAUCAGCCCCCAGGAGUGUGCGGCUCGCAAGUGCUGCUUUUCCGACACGAUCGUCAACGUGCCCUGGUGCUUCUUCCCAAUCUCUGUGGAAGGUGAGGUGGAAAUAUCUGUGAGCAAGAAGAGAGCCCUCACGGAAGGUGACUGCCUGGGCACCACGAUCCUGGACUUCCAGACUCCAGAGCUGUGA